AUGGGCUGCACUGAUGGACAGAAUGUCCUCUACGCCGCUUACAAGUUUAUAGGUGGAGCAUCCAGAUGGUGGGAGACCAAGAAAGAACUAUUGGACCAAGAGUUGAGAGGAGCCGAGAUCACUUGGGCCUGUUUUAAGAAAGAAUUUAAUGAUAGAUUCUUUUCUAGAGCCCAACAACUCUGCGCCAAGGAAUUUCAUAAUCUAGUUCAAGGUAACCUGACUAUAGAGCUAUAUGCUGCCAAAUUCAUGGAAUUGGCAAGGUUUGCUCUGAACUUGGUUCCUGAUGAGGAGUCAAGGACUGAAAGAUUCCAAGAAGGCCUGCACCCACGAAUUAGGGAUAGGGUCACUUGCUUCGAAAUCAAAGACUUCACUAAAUUAGUGAAUGUUGCUACUAUCGCAAAAAGGGGACACUAG